AUGCGUGUGGGGCUGCGGGGAGCACCCAGGUGUGGGGAGCACCCAGACCCCAGACCCUUCCCUCACCCUGCUUCAUCCUCCCUGCUCCAGGACAUUCGCAACACGGUGGGCAACAUCCCCAUGGAGUGGUACCAGGACUUCCCACACAUUGGCUACGACCUGGAGGGGAAGAGGAUCUACAAACCCAUCCGCAACAAAGACGAGCUGGACAAGUUCCUGGAGAAGAUGGAGAACCCUGACUACUGGCGAACAGUCCAGGACAAGAUGACAGGCGCAGACAUAAAGCUGACGGACGAGCAGGUGGACCUGGUGCAUCGUCUCCAGAAAGGACAGUUUGGGGAUGUGCAUUUCAAUCCCUACGAGCCGGCCAUCGACUUCUUCACCCAUGAGGUCAUGAUCCACCCAGUGACCAACCGCCCGGCGGACAAACGGAGCUUCAUCCCAUCCCUCAUUGAGAAGGAGAAGGUCUCCAAGCUGGUCCAUGCCAUCAAGAUGGGCUGGAUCAAACCCCGCAAGCCCAAGGAGGACACCCCGACGUACUACGACCUCUGGGCCCACGAGGACCCCAACUCCAUCCUGGGCCGCCACAAGAUGCACGUCCCAGCCCCCAAGAUGAAGCUGCCGGGCCACGAGGAGUCCUACAACCCCCCGCCCGAGUACCUGCUCAGCGAGGAGGAGAAGUUGGCGUGGGAGCAGCAGGAGCCGGCCGAGCGGCGGCUGAACUUCGUGCCGCAGCAGUACCGCUGCCUGCGCGCCGUGCCGGCCUAUCCCCGCUUCAUCCACGAGCGCUUCGAGCGCUGCCUCGACCUCUAUCUGUGCCCACGGCAGAGGAAGAUGAGGGUGAACGUGGAUCCCGAGGAUCUGAUCCCGAAGCUGCCAAAGCCGCGGGACCUGCAGCCCUUCCCCACCACGCAGGCGCUGGUGUACCGCGGGCACAGCAGCCUGGUGCGCUGCCUCAGCGUCUCCCCCAGCGGGCAGUGGUUGGCAUCAGGCUCUGAUGACGGCACGGUGCGCUUCUGGGAGGUGAGCACGGCGCGCUGCAUGAAGACCUUGCCUGUGGGCGGCGUGGUGAAGAGCGUCGCCUGGAACCCCAACCCCACCGUCUGCCUGGUGGCCGUCUGCGUGGAGCAGUCGGUGCUGCUGGUGAACCCGUGCCUCGGGGACAAGCUGCUCUAUGGGGCCACUGACCAGGUGCUGGAGUCCUACGUGCCACCAGAGGAGGAGCGUGUGCAGCCUGUCCAGUGGGUCACAGCCACCAGCGAGGAGCACAGCAGAGGCAUCCGCUUGACAGUGCAGCACAGCAAGGCCUUGAAGCAAGUGACCUGGCACGGGAAGGGCGAUUACUUCGCCACCGUUGUGGCCGACAACAGCAACAUGCAAGUGCUGAUCCACCAGACCAGCAAGCGCUGGAGCCAGAACCCCUUCCGCAAGAGCAAAGGCCUGGUGCAGUGCGUCCUCUUCCACCCCAUCCGGCCCUAUUUCUUCGUGGCCACGCAGCGCUACGUCCGCGUCUACAACCUCCUCAAGCAGGAGCUCACCAAGAAGCUGAUGGCCAACUGCAAGUGGGUGUCCAGCAUGGCCAUCCACCCCGCAGGUGACAACGUUAUCUGCGGCAGCUACGACAGCAAGCUGGCCUGGUUCGACCUGGACCUCUCCACCCGGCCCUACCAGCUGCUGCGGCACCACAGGAAGGCACUGAGGAGCGUGGCCUUCCACAAGCACUACCCGCUCUUCGCCUCGGGCUCAGACGACGGGACCGUCAUUGUGUGCCAUGGCAUGGUCUACAACGACCUGCUGCAGAACCCGCUGCUGGUGCCAGUGAAGGUGCUGAAGGGCCACGCGCUGACCCUGGACCUGGGCGUCCUCGAUGUCAUCUUCCACCCCACACAGCCGUGGGUCUUCUCCUCCGGAGCCGACGGCACCGUCCGGCUCUACACGUAGCUGCUGCCCAACACCAGCACCCCAAUGACACCGACACCCCAACUCCAGAACCCCAACGCAGGCACCCCAACACCGGCCGGGAACAUCUCCGCUCCUACCCAUGGACUCUGGAACCUUUCUCAUUU